AUGGAAGUUAGUGAUCAGUUUUCUGACAGUGAAUAUUUUAAGGAUGCACUUAGGAAUUUUGCUAUCAAACGCAAUUUUAACUUUACAUUCAUCAAGAACGACAAGCAGAGAGUGACUGUGAAGUGCGUUGCUGAAGGUUGUGAAUGGCGUGUCCAUGGGUCCAUGGAAGGUAGCCACGAGAUGUUUAGGAUCAAGAUAAUAUAUCCCACACAUAUGGUGGCGGUCGCCAAGGAUGUUCUCCAUGGGAGUGAGGUGGCGAGCUAUGAUUUAUUGAUGUGGUACACGAAGAAGGUGCUACUGACAAACCCUGGUAGCGUUGAUAUUGUAGAGAAUGAUGGUCCUCGUUUCAAACGUGUGUUUUUUGCCUUCAAAGCAUGUGUCAUUGGUUUCAAGACAAGAUGUAGGCCAUUGUUAUACUUGGAUGGAACUCAUUUGCUCGGUAAAUACGGGGGCACUUUGUUAGGUGCAACGGGAAAAGAUGGGAACGAUGGUUUUUUUCAUGUGGCAUUUGCAAUCAUAGAUAAUGAAACGGAUGCGAACUGGACGUGGUCCAAAGGCAUUAUCAGUGCUGUCGCGAAGGUAUUCCCUUCCUCACCGUAUGUAUAUUGUUUGCGCCACUUAGAAGCAAACUUCAUGAAAGCAAAUGUCAGACUUGGAAAGUCAUUGAAAGAAAGGUGCUGGUCUAUAUUAUCAAGAAUUAUGUUUUCAUGUGCUGAAAAAGAAGUCAAUGACGUUGUUGCUGAUCUGUUAAACACAUCGGCGGAUGCACAUCAAUGGUUGAUACAAAAAUCUGAUCUGGCACACUUGGUGAACUACAUGUUCAAAGGUGGAAGAUGGGGGGAGAUGUACUCAAACGUGGUGGAGUCGUUUAAUGCAUGGAUAAAAGAGGCACGCCAUCUCCCUGUCAUAAACAUGGUAGACUCGAUAAGGUUUAAGCUAAUGGGUAUGUUGUGUCAUCGACGUGAACAAUCUCACAGAUGGGAGAGACAUCUAUAUCUUGUCAUACAUCAAGAGAUUGAGGAACUUGUUGAAGAGUCUCGCAACCUACUUUUCGACCGUUCUGACGGUGACCAUUUCGAAGUGGUUGACCAGAAGAACUACUGUAUCAGUUUGAAUGCUCGGGCAUGCUCAUGUCAUAGUUGGCAAGUAUAUGGCAUUCCAUACAAACAUGCAUGUGCGAUAAUACUGCAAACAGACACAAAUAUUCAUCGAUAUGUCAAUAACUACUUCACAGUGGACUCUUACCGACAAGCAUAUGCAGAAGCCAUAUUCCCAGUAGCAAAUAAUUACAAACCAGAUGAUGUCAACCUUGAACUACUUAUGCGCCCUCCAAUCACCAAGAAGCCAAUUGGUCGACCAAGACGGAAGCGUCUAGAGUCACAAGCAUCAAUCGUUCACAAAUUACGAUGCAGCCGUUGCCAUGAUGCUGAUGACGUCUCCGGUAUUGGUUUUGGGAUGACAACUGACGCUUCAUUAGUAAUGUCAGUUGAUGGUUUCGCGCCUGUCGACGGAGACAGUUUUGGAUUCAGGGAGUCAGUGUGGAUGUCCUCCACAUUUUUUAACUUCUCAUCUGAAGAAGGGGCAGAUCAUUUUUGA